AUGACUCAAGAACAAGAGACCACGGAUGGUGGCGAUGUCGUUGGAGGCCUCGGCGGUCAGCAGAGCUCGCACUCUGCUCGCGAGCCUCAGAGCUGGACUUCUCGAUACCUCAUUCGGUCUGACCCAGGGACCAAGCGAAGUGCGAAUCGGAGCAAGGUGGCCUCUGCUCUUAGUAGCAUUGGAGGGCUUCAUUCCGACAAGAGAAACACAUAUCUGUCCCGGCUCCGCACGCACAUGAGCGGGCGAAGGGCAAAUGCCAACGGUCAAGGCGAAACUGCUUAUCAUGACCUAGCUGAUGUGAUGGCACACGACUUCGUGGAUGUAGCCCAAAACAUGGGAUUGUCGGCUGACCCGGUGGUGCAGGAGAUAGGUGAGGAGAGUUUGUUGAAGCUCAAGAAAUCCGGCACCCUGGACCCGCAAGAUGACGAUGUCAUUGCUGCUUUCAAGAAGCAUAAAGCAACAAUUGGCAAAUCCCUUUUCGAAGCCGAGAACACCAACAACUGGGGAGUUGAAAUGUACUUGCUUGGCGAUUACAACACCGCUUUUGACUAUUUCAGCCAAGCUUUAAAGCUCACGUCUGAGAAGAAGAAACCAGCAGCUUCGGAGCUUGCAGUUCUAAAAGCGUUUAUCCAGGAAAGAUAUGAUGGGAGUGAAGAGAUGUUGUACACCGAGUUGGUUAGGGGUGAGUGGAGAUCUGCUCUGGGACACAAAAAGUUCGUUGAGGCACUUUCGCGCUUGAACUAUCCAGGAGAUCCGGGUCGUGUCUUCUCCAUGCUCGACAGUGUAGCCAACGAUGGCAAGGUCUCAUUGCCAGAAUUGAGCUCCACUUUGAAGGCGAAGACUGUGCGACUGAAUAGUAUGGACCGGGAGCCCGUUCAGAAAGGCAUCAUCCUUUCCAACCUUGCGUGCUGCUCUUUGCAGCGUGGAGAUGUCAUGUCUGCGCUUCAAAAUUUCCGUGAGGCGUUGCGCAUUGUCCGGCGUGCUGCUGGUAAGAAGAAGGAUUCGCACGAUAACGUUAUCACAAUCAUGACGAACAUGGCCACUGCCUAUAUACAUCUGGGUGACACAGAGGCAGCUUUACACACACUGAGUGUGGUGUUGGAAAGGCGCGAGCAGUCCCAAGGCCGCUUGCAUGAGGAUGCAAUGACCGUUCUCCAGUUGGCAGGAUAUGCCUUCUUGGUCAAGGCGAACAGAUUUCAAAUCGUGCACGACCGCCAGCGCAUGGACAGCAAGAAGCAGGACAACCCGGUGCUCGUAAAUUAUCAUUUCGCACUAUGUGCAUUCAAAGAGCGCCUCCGACGGCAGCAAACGAUCCUGAGCACCAUGCCAGCUCUUGACAGUGUUUUAUGUGACGUAGGUGCGAGACAGCAGCUAGAGCUGCACAUCGCACGCAGCCACGAGAUUGUUGCCGAAGUUCAUGACAAGUGUGAAGAUCUGGAGCGAGCACGUGAUCAUCUCAUGGCCUCAUUACAAUACAAGAAAGAAAUUUUAGACGCAGCUGAUCCCGACUUAUUCUCAACUCUGAAUAUGUAUGCAAGUGUUUGUGCCAGGUCUGGGAGGGAUGAGGAGGCCUUGGAGUCCAUGAGUUUGGCUAUGCGAGCCAGUGAAGAGUUGUUUGGCUACAAGUCUUCUGCCGUGGCAACGCAACUCUUCCAUUUGGGGCUUCUUCACCUCAGACUUGCUUGUGAGAGAAAGCAGCGAACGACAAGUGCUCUACACAAGGCCACUGAGCACUUGCAGCAGUGCCUAAACAUCCGUGCUGAGCUCUUCGGGGUGGAAUCAGAAGAGGUAGCAUCAACAGCACAAUUGCUGGGCAGUGUCCAUUUUGCCACGGGAAAUGUGCAGCAGGCCCGUCGAAGCUUCGAGAAAGCUCUUUUGAUUCGAGUCAACCAGACAAGCGCAGAUGCCACAAUUGCUUGCUCAGCACAUGCGCUAGGCUCGCUGUGUGUGCGAAGUCCACGACGCUUGGAGGAAGGGUUGAUGCUGCUUCAAAAAGCGGCAGAGAUCCGUCGGAGACAACUCGGCGAAGGCAGCUUACACCUUGCCGAGACACUGCACGAGCUAGGCUCUGGUCUUCUGCUCAGGGGAGAUGCCGACGAUGCUCAGGAGGGGUUAGCCCAUCUCUCACAAGCUGCUUCCAUCAGAGAACAACACCUUGGCAAGAGAAGCUUGACAUAUUCGGCUUCUUUGCAUCAGCUCGGACAAGCACAUUUGCUGUUGGCUAUGCCCUCGGAAGCAAAGCUCUACUUGCAAGCUUCUCUUGCCCUGCGAGAGAAGCUUGUCGGAAAGCACAGCGCGCAGGCCGCCUCGAGCCGUGCGGCACUUGGAGUCGCCUUAGCAAACGUCGGGGACCUUGACACGGCUAUGGGAUGUUUGAAAACUGCGUACAGAGACAGAGAGAAGGCCCUCGGCAAGAUGCACGCACUUUCCGCAGACACAUUGUAUCAGGUGGGCUUGGUCCUGGUGCGCAAACAGGAAUCUGAGCAAGCGCUGGCUGCACUGACUGAGGCGUUAAAAGUGUUUUCGUUCUUGAACGAUGCCGAUGUCCAAGCCAGGCUUGCAGACUCUGACGAAGAGCAGGAUGUGCCGAGGAUUUCCGAAAGGACCAAGCGAGUUCAGGCAAAGCGAGGACGGGGACAGGCUGAGGCUGCGAAGGAAAGCACACAAACAGAAACAAGGCAAAGCCUGGCUCUGAGGGUAUUCACGAAAGUGAAAUCCAAGCUCUUGCCAACAAAACAAGUUGGUCGGGAGGACGGAGAGGGCAUCUCCACAGCUUUGGGAUUGUUGAAUGAGGAAGAAGUGUGCAUAGAAGACACUGGCGUGGACAUCAGAGGAUGUCAUGCUCCGAAACUGGCCCUGCUCAUGCAAACUCUGGCAUCUGUGCAUAUGGACCUGCGAGAGUUUUCCAGAAGCAGAUACUGGCUUGACUGCUCAUGCUGCAUUCGGGAAGAGGUGUUUGGCAUCGUAAGCAAGGAGGUGGGAGAAACGAUGCAUCAGUUUGGCCUUCUCUUCAGGUUGUGUCAGGACCCCUCUGCUGCGCUGUCGUAUUUCCGGAAAGCACUGCAUGCGCGUGAACGAACAUGUGGUUUUAUUCACGCAGCUACUGCAGAGACUUGUGAACAGUUGGCUGGAGUUCUGCACGAGCUAGGAAAUGCAGAAGAAGCAAGCAUUUUCAUGAGCAAAGCGGUUGCAGUCAAAGAACAGAUUCCUUCUAUCACGGCCGCUGAACUUGAACAAGCACGCGAGAAGUGGAAUGGCUUGGCUGCAGCUGGCAUGGAGUAUGACCCGGUGCAGAUGGGCGAGGCACUGCCCCACAUAUCCCGGCGUAGUGCAGAGUCGUACUUGCAUGGAUGGAAGGACAGACGCAGCGAGAAUCAAAACGAAGCGUUUCGGAAAGGUACGUGA